AUGGCAGACUACGAAGAGUCAUAUCAAACGAUCGAUGAACUGGAAGAGCAGCUCGAAGAUGCCAUAGAUGAAUACAUCAAGGCUCAUGAUGACUCAGGAGAGGAGAUGGACGAAGCCGAACGACACAAGGCUCUGCAUCACCACAGCAAAACAAUCGCCUACACCGCGCAGGAGAUUCUCACACAUGAUCCCAGCCAUGAGGAGGCGCAGAAGUUUCUAGCGGUCUUUUCGUUGUCGCUCAACGGACAGUUUCAACCACAUCACUAUAGGACGCUGGGAUUGGUAGACGAAGAUUCGGACCUUGAAGAGCUCAAUCACCAUCCGUGGAAGAGCGAAUAUCUCCCGGACGAGGACCACUCACACCUUCUGAAUGCUGAGGAUGAGCCGAUAGACGCCCAGCAUUAUGAUCACCACCACCACCACCACCACCACCACCACAAUGACAAUGGAGAGAUCGACACUUAUGCUGAUUUCAACAGCUUGAACGACGGCGACCAUGCACAUGAGGAAUGUGACUUUGAGAAGGUCCAAGAACAUAACGGGGACGAGGAGGCUAUGGGAGGUGAUGACGACGAGCAGGGUCAGUAUAGUGGCGACGAUGGUCAGUAUGGUGAUUUUGAUGGCGAGUACGCCAACCAUGACGGCCACUGCGAAGGCGACGAGGAGCAGUAUUAUGGUGAUGACGGCAACGACGCCGGUCAUGAGUGCCACUGGUAA